GAAUCUGAUGAAGAUUAUUAUAGUGGAGAAUCUACUGAUGUUGAUGAAUCAUUACCAUUAUCAACCAAUAAAACCAAAUUUGGCUCUAAAAUGGCUAAAGAAGUAUUAUCUUCCAAAACCGCUGAUUACAGACCUCCAGUUUUAGGGACUUGGGUAGCUCUAGAUAGUAAACCUUUUGGUAUUAUUGAUGGACUUUCCACUCGAACUUUAAGUAAUAUUUCAAAUACUAAUAAUCGUAAUUUGGAACCUAAACAGAAAAAUAGGAAAAGUAUUGCUCAUAAUAACACUGAUGAUUCAGCAUUAGGCUUAGAUGAAUUACUUAACAUUAGUGAGUUGGAUAAUGAUGAUGAAAAUGAUGUUAGGAUUUGGAGGGAUUUUAAUAAUCAAAAAAAACAAGUACCAUUGGGGGCAUUUAGAAAUAAAUCAAUUUUACAUAACUCAAUGAUCCAUCCUGAUUCUUUACCGAUGAAUUAUAACCAUACUUCCAAAACAAAUAAUGACUUCAAUAAUAGAAGAUAUUCUUUAACCAAUAAAAGGAAAAACUCUUCAGAUAACAAUACUUCCAAUAAUAAUGAAUCCGAUCACUCGUCUUCAAAACAAAGAAGAAGAAGAGCCUCUGUUGCUGAGGCCCUUCAGGAAGGUUAUAGAUCAACUAAAGCUGGGGUCUUCAGUGAAAAUGCUUUAGCUGAUGUUGAAGAGGUUUUCGGUGACGAUAAUGAUCUCAUGGCUUUAAUAAAAGGACUC